UAAUUAUGUUGCUGAUAUUUUUCGACCCCCCAAAAUAUGUCAGCGUCCUACUGUCCUUAUCCUCUUCGGCAUAAAGGAGAUUGUUUUGAAUCAAAAGAAAAACGAGCCAAGUUGCAAAAUGUCAUGCCCGAACAACGUGGCAGCCAACAACACAUUCCUGAUGGACUCGCUGGUGGGAGGAACAUCUCCGUUCAGAGGUGAGAGCUAUUCAACUAACUCUGGAAUGUAUAUGCAACCGUCUGCAGAAUAUGGUUGCUCCAUGAUGGGUAGUUUUGGUAUUGUUGGUACCCCUCUCUCCAAACGUGAUGACUUGCAGCCGAAUGGGAUGCAUCUCAGCAGUUACCAGCACUCACAUUACCUGUCGCAGCGGGACGCUUGGAUCGCAGGCUCUAAAACUUACAGAGGCUCACAACCUGUUGCCCAGCCUUUGCACCCAUGUUCCUUUCCAGCCAGCAAUGUGAAAGAGGAAGCGAUUCCUUGUCUUUACCAGCCUGAUAUCGACAGCGCCAAGGAGUCCGCUGAGAAAUCCACCUACAUCCGUCUGGGAGACAAUAACAGCCACCCGAAUCAAAGCGCCGUCUCCACCCCCGAUUAUUUCCGACAGAGCCAGGUGUACGCCAGUGAAAGGGGCCACCAUGGAAGAGAUGAGUUCGGCUCGGACUUUAACCCAAUUCCCAGAAUAUCCACGCCUGUUGAAGCACUAGCAGCAGAUUCAUAUGUCAAAAGCAGCAAGGCAAGGCAGGACCCAGAAGACAAGGGAGGGAGUACGCAGGAAGACGACACGGAUCAGAGACAGGCUAGAAAAGAGGAGAAUGUCGCAAAAAUAGACAGUUGUACUGAUGAUUCCGAAAGCGAAUUGAAAGACGAGGCUAAAUUGGAAAAAACAACGGGGAACUGGCUAAAAGCGAAAAGUGGACGCAAGAAGAGAUGCCCUUACACAAAGUAUCAGACACUUGAGCUGGAGAAGGAGUUCUUGUUCAACAUGUACUUGACUCGAGAGCGCCGUCUGGAGAUCAGCAAGAGUAUCAACCUCACAGACAGACAGGUCAAGAUCUGGUUCCAAAACAGAAGGAUGAAGCUAAAGAAGCUCAACAGAGAAAGUCGCGUCCGAGAGCUAACAGGCUAUAGCUUCAACUGAGGGCGUAAGAAACAGACAGAAGAAGAAAUCAUAAAAAUGCAUAUUUUCUCGCGCGCCCCACGUUCAAACCCUCUCUAUUUUUUAAAUCUCUUUUCCCCAUCUCUCAUUUAUCCCUUUUCAUUCACAGACUCACAUUCACACAUGCAAAUAUAAAAUAGCAAAGGCCCAUGACUUUCGUUUCAAAGGAACUGGAACAUCCUGCAAACAAUAUUACAUUUAAAUUACAAUUCCACCCGCGUCUAAUUUAUCAUUGUGGAACAGAACUGAAUAAUUGUAAAUAUGACAGUGGCGGAAGAAAAGGAUGCUUGGUGCAAAAUAUUCGUGGCAGAUUUGUAAUUUUGAAAGCCAUUAACACAGAAUAUAAAAGCGAGAUUUCUAUUUGGAUGUCUUAGCUUAAUUUGUUUGCUGUCAGUGCGCGUGUAGGCUAAUAUACAUCGCGCACCCUGUAUUUUGCAUGCUUUGUUCUUGACGUGUAUUUGUCAAUAUGAUGUUUAACUCGAGAGGCUGAAAAAUAAAACAGGGGGUGGGAAAAUAUUA